GAAAAGAGAUCUUCCUUGUUGUCUGCUCCGCACAAGUGGAAAUUUCCCGCAGUUCUGCUCAGAAAGCCAGCGGGCUCCCAGCGAUACCUCCGCGCCCCUGCACCCUUUGGGCGCUCCCGAGCCAGGCUCCGCCCCUUCGGUUCCACGUGGUCGGCGGCGGGGCUGGGGCGGCUUAGCUGCUGAUCUGCGUGAGCGGUGGGUACCGGGAUGGCGGGGCCCCCGUCCGGAGGUGCUGCUCGGUUCUCUUGUCCCCCCAACUUUACCGCGACGCCCCCAUCCUCAGAGUCCACUCGUUUCUCCUUGGAGGCGCUGACGGGCCCAGAUACGGAACUGUGGCUUAUCCAGGCCCCUGUAGACUUCGCCCCAGAUUGCCUCAAUGGGCGGCUGGUGCCUCUCUCUGGCUCCCAGAUGGUGAAGGGUAAGGUGGCAGGCAAGCGGCACCGCUAUCGGGUCCUCAGCAGCGGCAGCCCCCAAGCUGGAGAAGCAACCCUGCUGGCCCCCUCGGCAGAGGCAGAAGGCGGACUCACCUGUGCCCCAGCCCCCAAGGGCAGCCUGAGGAUCUUAGAAGGUCCCCAAGAAUCCUUAUCGGGGAUCCCGCUGCAUCCCAUUCCCAUAAGCCCCCCACCACAGAUCCCCCCCGGCCUGAGGCCUCGGUUCUGUGCCUUUGGAGGCAGCCCACCUGUCACAGGGCCAGGGUCAGCCUUGGCACUGAGGUCGCCAGCGUCAGGGAAGAGGAAAAAGAAGAGGCAUGUAUCCGAGGCCUCCAUUCCUCAGGAGGCGGUGAAUGGGCACGGGACCCUGGAGGUGGACACAGCUUUGGGGUCCUCAGAGGUGGAUGUGGGGACGAAGAAGAAAAAGCAGCAUCCCAAUGAACUGGAGGCGAUGAAGCCGGAGCCCAUGGCUGAGGUGUUGGAACCCCUGGGAAUGCUGUUCCCAUCCACCAGCAAGAAGAAGAAAAGGAAGCUUAGAGAGACAGAAAUGGGGGUGCUGGAGCCAGAAGAAAAGACUGUGGAGCUGGAACUCAUGGUUAAAACUGAGCCUCUGCAAGAGCCAGUCCUGUCCCCCAGUAAGAAGAAGAAGAGACACCAGGGGACAGAGGGGAUGGAGGCUGUGGAGGGGAUCAGAGCGGAGCCUCAGCUACAGGUAAAGGAGGAGCCACAAGAGGAAGCCAUCUCACUGCUGUCCUCGAAGAAGAAGAAGAAAGGAAAGGGGUGCAGAGUGCUGGUGGAGCCGGGGACUGAGGAUGUGGAGCCAGAGAGGAGAACUCUGGAGCUCUCAGGGGAGAUGAUGGAGCCUGAGCUGCCAUGUGCUAAGGUUGAGCCACAGGCUGAGGCAGCUCUGGCAUCCACCAAAAAGAGGAAGAAAAAGGAAAAAUGGCAAAACCCGAUGAUGGAGCCAAAGACAGAGGUGGUGGAGCCCCAGGAAGAGGUGAUGGGGCCUGUACUGCUAGGCGACCUUGAGCCUCAGGCAGCUCUAGCAUCCCCUAAGAAGAAGAAGAAAGAAAGAGGGCACAGAGUGACAGAGCCAGGGACUGAGGCAGCUGACCCACAAGGUGAGAUGACGGAGCCUGAGGCCAGGGCGGAUCCAGCGUCCGCCAAGAAGAGGAAGAAGUGGGGCCAGGAAAGUGGGGUGCCAGAGACAGCAUCCCAGGAGGAGUUGCCAGAGCUGCCACUGAAUCCAGAGUCUGGGGAGGUGGCUCCCACGAGACGGGAGAAGAAGAGAAAGAAGAAGCUGCAGCAGGAUCCUGCAUAGUCUCCUCCAGGGAAACGGACA